AUCAGUCGCCGCUAUCGCCGGAGCGCACGCAGCACCACCACCGUCAUCACAUCUCUUCCAUCCCUUCUUUCUUUCCUUCCAAGCGAACGUAGAAAGAACGGCGGCACCAAACGAAUCGCUUCAACGCCUAAACGCCUGAUCGCCCGAUCGCUCGCUCGCUCGCUGCUGCUCCGACGACGAUGGGCGAGCAUUCGCAUGGCGACGGGCGGCAGCGGCAAUCCUUCACGGAGCUACACAACAGAUUGGAUAGCCUCGAUAAGUCCUUGAUGAAGCUGCUAGAGGGGCGGAAUAAGCAAUCGGCCACGUCACAGAGCGUUUUCCCGGAGAGGCAGCGCUUGCUUCCCGAUUUGCCCGUCGCAGAAGCCCGUGCAAAAGAAUCGGUUAUGGAACGCAUCUCGCUGCUCGAGCACCGAGUGGCACAGUUAAGAUUGGGAAUUGAAGCUAGUAAGUCAAGUUCAUCGACUACAUGCUCUAUUGGGAACCCAUCCACAAGCCUCAACCCCGGCAGUAAACAACCUUUUCCCACUAGAAAUAAGCAAGAAAUAGUUCCUGCUCAACAGAAGGACAAUCAACAAAUAGUACUUGGCAAACCCUUCAGAAAUAAGAACAAUUCCAAGUGUGAAAUUGAAGAAGAGGAUGAAUCAACAAGCCAUCAGCAAGAAAAGGAUGGGAAAAAUCUCACUGGCACGCAGCAGAAAAAGAUCAAAUCCAAACCUAGCAAAUCAUGGCGAUGCAAGAGGUUACUGGGGUGUUGAUCUAGUGGGCUUGCCUCCUUAAUGCUUAACCAAAAAGAAGAAUUUUUUUUUUACAUAUUUGUUAUUCGAAACAUGAUUUUAAUUAGUUUUUAUAUAUAUUUUGGUAGCAGAGUUUCAUAUGGCUCAUCAUUGUGAUUUUUGCUAGAAAUCUUCAUUUA